CUUAUUCAGGUCUUCACCCCAGACCUGGCUGCUGUUCUAUGCAGCCGGUCGCAUCCUAGAGCUGGUUGCAGCCUGGGGAGGAAGGGGCUGCCUGUGACUCAGUUUCCUUCCCCAGCCGUCAGCCUAGACCCAGGGCUCUGCGAUGCCCGUGCUCUCCACCAGGGGCCGGGAGAGGGCCGCUAAUCAGUUCUCUAGUCCGCUGGUUGUGGGUUUGGGCCUGAGGGGAGCGAGGAAAUGGGAGCCAGACACCUCGUGGUGGCGGGAUCGGGCCCCCGGGGGCCUUGCCAAGGGCCGCUGGGGGUGGGUCGACGCCUGGGUGCUUCCCUGUCUGGGAGGAGGAUUUGUGGGCUUGGGGAGGGGGAUGAGGAUGGGGCUACCACUCAGCCCCAGGCGCCCGCGUCCCGCCCCCAUUCCAGGGGGAGAACGAAGACGCCCGAGCCCCGCCCACUUCCGUUCGGGAUCCAGGCCCCGCCCGUUUUUGUCCCUCUGUUGCUCCCAGGGGGCGGAGCCAGGCCAUAAAAAGGCGCGAGCGCCCGACCGCAGCCUCCAAGAGCGCUGGAGACUGCCGGAGUGCGGGCGGAAGUGGCCGGCAUGGCUCCGCGCGAGGACGAAAGCGAAGCGGAAGUGACCGACAGUGAGGGCGGAAGCGAGGUGGAGGCCGAGCUGGAGUGCGCCAUCUGCUGCCUGCCCUACGACCGGGACGCGCGGGCCCCUCGGCGCCUGGGCGUGGCUCGCGGGUCGUGGCGCCCUGCGCGCUGCUGCCACGUGCUGUGCACCGCCUGCCUGCGCCGCCUGGCGCGCGGGACCGUGGUCACGUGCCCCUUCUGCCGCCGCCUCACGCGCCUGCGCACCCCACCCCUGCCCCCCGUGGAUGCCGCCCUCUGGCAGCGGCUGCCGCGCGCGGGGGUGGCAGGGGCGGGCGGUGACGUCACGGCGGCCGCCGGCCAAUGGCGCUGGUGGCAGACGCUGAAGCAGGCGUUGACGGGCGGUGACGCGCAUGCGCCCUGCAACCCAAAGCAAGUCGUGAGAGGUCUUUGGCAACCAGUUCCCUCCGUAGCCUUGAGGCAGAAGCUCUCCGUCUCCUCACCACACCUGGGCUUCCUGCUGGCCACUGACUUGCCCUCGCCCCUGGCGAAUGAGCCUUGCACCUCACGGACUGGGAGCACUGCUGCAGCACCGCAUGAGGGGGGUUCACCAUCCCUCCGGGCUGGAGCUGCCCGAAAGAAUUGACUCUAACUGCCUGGCUCCAGGGAGACAGGAUGUGACUAAGGCUUUGCUGGUUGAUUCGUCCGGACACGCGCUGCCUAAUUGCUGCUUCCUAAAGGAAGAACGAGCAUGUGGACAUUAUGCCUAUUUCAUGGGCAAGAAAUGAUCGUGGAGAGGGGACUCUCCAACCAGAGGAGAAUCCCUCUCCUUCGGCUGUUGGAACAACCCCUUGUUGCACCUCUUCUGGGUUGCGGCUGUUUCCGCCACCCAUCAUCUCUUCUGCUUUUUUCAUCUCCCACGAUGCAUCUCUGGACCUUCACACAUUGGGCGACAGGAAUGUAUGAUGGUUUCUAGGCUCCUCUGAAGGGCAAUGACUUCCAGGACCUGUGGCACGUGCCCACUUGGCUUUGACGUGAUCUCAGCUGAUUCACAUGGUCAGUGACUGAGCCCUGAGUUACAGAAGACAACAGAUUGUCCCCUUCCCUGACACCUGCUCCAGCGGUGUCCUGGGAGAGCUUAAUUGCUGGCAUUGUGAAGACACCUUCCAGGCGGAGUCCAUCCUGACUUGUCUGCCGGAGUCAGAAGAUAAGGAGCUGUUUUCAGCCUCCUAUGCUCCCUGGGGGAGAAGUCUGGGAUAAAAAUAAACCCAGGUGACUGUUGUCUUGGCUUCAAAGGGCAAAGAACCAAUUUUUAUAGUUCGGGGAGGAAAUAUUUCUGCUGUGCCUUGAAUGGAACAGCGGGAAAGUUCCAGCCUCUGGAGAUAGGCGAGUUCAAGGUGGUUGACACAGCCCCUCUGCAGCAUCCCUGCUGCUGAAGAUCUGCCCCAGUGACAGCUGCGUUUGAACCCAGAUGGCUAAUGUAGCAUCUUGGACACCUCCCCAGGCUGGUGGCCUGUGCUGGGCUCAACCCCAGUUGGGGGGCACCCAGACUGGUCUCAGAAUCUGUGGGGACACUGGAAAUGCUUUUCUGGGAGGCAGAGGUGACUUAGGAGCCAGAAUUGAUCUGGUUUAGGCCUCGUGUACACAGAUCUCAGUACAGAUACAACUUAUUCAUGUUUUUUAAGCCUUGCUUGAAACCAGCGAGCGCUACAUCCAACCGGUGUGGAAGGGGCAGGUUAAUGGAACUGGAAGAGUCCAAACAACUCCCGUGUUGGAGCAUCUGCUGCAUCUGUUUGAUGCUUAAAAAGCCUUUCCCCAUGGCAGGUUUGGAUGUUGUGUCGAGGUGACGGUCAUUUGACAAAGAGGUUAGAUGAUGGAUUCAUCUGGGAUGGUUUGGACAGGGCUGAUCCUGCCUCAGACGGGGGGGGGUUGGACUAGAAGUGACCUCUGGAGCUCCCUUCCAGCCCCACUUCUCUAUGACUCUCUCUCCUCCGUGCUGCUGUUUGCCAUGGUCCAGUCUCCCUCUUAACCUUUGAGCUAAACUGUUCCUGAAUUAACCCACUUGAAACAAAUAAAGUGAUUACAGGUACCAUGAAGGUCUCCAGCCUCCAGCAGGUGAUGACCCACCCCUGGUGGGAUCUGCCCAGGCUGCCUGGCCCUGCCUCCCAUUCCCUUGAGUUGCUUUGGGAAAUGAGCUUUUAAGCACUCAAGCAACUUGGCCUCUUUGUGAACCCUCAGGCUUUGUCUAGUCAGCAGGCAACAGCAGUCCGGCUCCUGUGAGAUUUUUAGCUCACCAUAAAUCAGGCACAAACGGAUCCAGCCUGUCAGCUUCAGUCCUGUUUGUCAAAGCAGCUUAGGAUCCCGAGUUCCCUGACACUGUCUUCAGAAGCAUCUUGUGCUGAGACACGAGCGUGGCCAGCUGGCUUGGCUUGAAAAGGAAGCCUUAUAUGAGGUGGGUGUUGAAUGGAGGUGGCAGAGGGGAAAAGCUGAGCCCAUAAUCUCUCCCAACGAAGCUAUUAAAAUCCCCCCCAGGGUGGUGCUAGAGCAGCUGAGUUUGUGCCUAAAAGAGCGAUGUAACUGGGUCAAAUGCGGUUGUAUCUGAGCUCUGGCAGGUUGGGAGGAAAGCUGCCAGCUGUUGGCCUGAACUUAUUUCAGGUCCUUCGUUAGAGCCCAAGGGGUGGGAGUUUCAGGGCUCUGUUUCUGGAUUCAGAGGCAGCCUUGACAUAACUAAUGCAAGGAAACCUAAAAUAAUGAGCUCUUCUGUCACCUAUAUGCUUUCUCCGGAGACUACCAAACAAGCAUCUAUUUUAACACAUCCAGGAAACCCAAUUUUGGGGCAUCUCAGGCUGUCUCUCGCAUGCAAAUAAACGAAUGUGACCAAGUAAUUAUAGUCCGCUAGGCUAAAAAUCAUAGAGGACAAUGGAGGCAGUGAUGUAUUUGAGAUGACGCCUGUCCAGAACUAUUUGGUUGUUCCAGCCUCCGGGAAUCGGCAGCUGUCUCUUCUGUAACAAAGAUUAAGGCUCAGCCUGUCACCUGCUGUUACCUAAAGCCCAGAGCCAAACUUAGCCCUACACAAGCAAAAGUCAGUGGUGAGUCCUCUAAACAUUAAACCUGUUACAUAGGUGCCAUGAUACAUGCUUUGUUGGGCUUCCAGCUCCUGAGCUUUGGUUCUUUCAUCCAAAAAAGGGGCGGUUGAGACGAAACAUCGCCCCCUUUUCUAGCUGAAGGAAAAAAACCUCACAAAAGUCUUAUUCCACUUUGAAAAUGAUGUUUGUGGGGCACCGCUCACCUGUUAUGGACAUUUGAACAGUUCAAAAAAAAAAAAGAAAAGGUAAUUUUGGUUUCAAAGCUGAAAAUCAGUGUUUUAGAGACUAUCCAAAAAUGAAAUGUUCUGGCUUUUUGUCUUUUUUUAAUGUUUUCCAGCUUUUCUUUCUGCCAAGAAUAUCCAAAAACAAGGGGAAAAAAAACCCAGAGCAUUUCAUUUUUUGGAUGUUGUCAGCAGAAAGAAAAGAUGGAAAGCUUUAGGGGGGAAAAAAGGCUAAAACAUUUCAUUUUUUUUUAUAUUCUCGGUAGAAAGAAAAGUCACAAAAUAUUAGGAAAACAAGCCAGAAUGUUUCAAAUGUUUUCCAGCUUUUUUUUUCUGCUGAAAAUAUCAAAAAAUGAAAUGCUCUGGCAUUUUUUCCUAAUGUUUUGCAGCUUUUCUUUCUACGUAGAAUAUUCAAAAAUGAAAAGUUAUGGCUUUUUUUCCUCUAAUGUUUUCCAACCUUUCUUUCUGCCGUGAACAUCCAAAAAUUAAACAUUCUGAUUUCUAGUU